AUGUGGAACUUUUGUCCCUCGGUCGCCGCUGCAUACCUUUUUAUCGUGCUUUUUGGAAUAACGACAAUCUCCCACAUCGUGCAGGCGAUCCUGCACCGUAAAUUCUACUGCUGGGUGAUCGCCACAUCCGGUCUCAUCCAGACGCUGACCUAUAUCUUCCGAGUGCUGAGCAUCCUCAACCCUGCCAGCUAUCCAGACUACGCCGCAUGGUUUGUGUUGAUUCUCAUUGCACCGCUGUGGACCAACGCAUUUGUCUACAUGGUGAUGGGGCGAAUGGUGUGGAACUUCACAGACGACGCGCGCGUCUUGCGUAUGCGACCGUGGCAAUUUGGACUCAUCUUCGUCAUUCUUGACAUAAUUGCCUUCAUUGUCCAGGUUUACGGAGCAGCACAAGCUGCCGGCAACAACGUUUCAUAUGGCACGGAAAUGGCAGGCCUGCACAUCUACAUGGCCGGUGUGGGUGUGCAGCAAUUCUUCGUUCUGCUAUUUAUCAUCUAUGCAAUUUCUUUCCACACCAAGGUUAUUCGGCAGCGGUGCUCAGAUGCGCAAAAGGCCUUGGUCCUCCUCUAUAUACUCUACGCAUGUCUCGCCUUAGUCACAAUGCGAAUUAUUUUUCGCUUAUGCGAAUACUCUCAAGGCCUCGAUAGCGAAAUUCCCCUCCAUGAGGCUUACCAGUAUUGCCUCGACUCGCUGCCCAUGCUGCUGGCGCUUGUGAUGCUGAACUUCGUGCAUCCUGGUCGCAUCAUGCCAGGCAGGGAAAGUGAAAUUCCAAGUCGCAAGGAGCGCAAGAAAAUGAAUAUAUAUACCAAAGCGAGACCAUUGCAGGUGGGAGAUGACAUGGUUUUACACAAUCAGAAUGACGUGUAG